GGUCUACGACUUCCGCCGCCUCCCCACCCACUCCAUCUUUACCAAAUCGCAGAUCCACCAAACCCUCAAAAUCUCAACCGUCCAUUUUACCAUUUCAACACUAUUUAUAUGCCCCAUCAGACCCAUAUACACUUGCCCACUCUUUAAGCUCUCUUCUUGCUAAAACCGCAAAAGAAGAGAAUCAAUGGCACUUUUUGUAGAGAAAACCACCUCUGGCCGCGAGUACAAGGUCAAGGACAUGUCCCAAGCUGAUUUCGGCCGCCUCGAGAUCGAGCUAGCCGAGGUCGAAAUGCCUGGGCUCAUGUCUUGCCGUACCGAAUUUGGCCCCUCACAGCCCUUCAAGGGAGCUAAGAUCACUGGCAGCCUUCACAUGACCAUUCAAACCGCUGUUUUGAUCGAAACUUUGACUGCCUUGGGUGCCGAGGUGAGAUGGUGUUCUUGCAACAUUUUUUCCACUCAGGACCACGCCGCCGCCGCCAUUGCUCGUGACAGCGCCGCCGUGUUUGCCUGGAAGGGGGAGACCCUCCAGGAGUACUGGUGGUGCACUGAAAGGGCACUUGAUUGGGGCCCAGGUGGAGGGCCUGAUCUGAUUGUUGAUGAUGGAGGAGAUGCAACUCUCUUGAUCCAUGAAGGGGUCAAGGCUGAGGAGGAGUAUGAAAAAACUGGGAAGGUGCCCGACCCAAAUUCGACUGACAAUGCGGAGUUCCAGAUCGUGCUUACGAUUAUCCGAGAUGGACUGAAGUCGGAUCCGAAGAAGUACACCAGAAUGAAGAAGAGACUUGUUGGUGUCUCUGAGGAAACUACCACUGGAGUGAAGAGGCUUUACCAGAUGCAGGCUAAUGGAACACUGCUUUUCCCUGCUAUUAAUGUCAAUGACUCUGUCACCAAGAGCAAGUUUGAUAACUUGUAUGGAUGCCGCCACUCUCUACCCGAUGGACUGAUGAGGGCCACUGAUGUGAUGAUUGCCGGAAAGGUUGCUGUUGUCGCUGGUUAUGGAGACGUUGGCAAGGGCUGUGCUGCUGCCUUGAAGCAAGCAGGUGCUCGUGUGAUUGUGACCGAGAUUGACCCCAUUUGUGCUCUCCAGGCUCUCAUGGAAGGUCUCCAGGUUCUAACGCUCGAAGAUGUUGUCUCUGAAGCUGAUAUCUUUGUCACCACCACUGGUAACAAAGACAUCAUCAUGGUUGACCACAUGAAAAAGAUGAAAAACAAUGCCAUUGUUUGCAACAUCGGUCACUUUGACAAUGAAAUUGACAUGCACGGUCUCGAGACCUACCCUGGGGUUAAGAGAAUCACCAUUAAGCCACAAACAGAUAGAUGGGUAUUCCCUGAAACAAAAUCCGGUAUUAUUGUCUUGGCAGAAGGUCGUCUCAUGAACUUGGGAUGUGCCACCGGUCACCCUAGCUUUGUGAUGUCUUGCUCUUUUACCAACCAAGUUAUUGCACAACUUGAGCUCUGGAAUGAGAGGAAAACUGGCAAGUACGAGAAGAAGGUUUACGUUUUGCCCAAGCACCUUGAUGAGAAAGUUGCUGCUCUUCAUCUUGGGAAGCUUGGUGCUAAGCUCACUGAGCUUUCAAAGGACCAGGCUGAUUACAUUAGCGUACCAGUCGAGGGUCCUUACAAGCCCCCUCGUUACAGGUAUUAAGUGGAAAGCAGACACUGAUUUCCAGGAUACGUUCUGUCACCGUGAAUCUUUCUUUUUCAAAAUUGUGUUUUCAUGUUACAUUGUAGUUUUCUUGGGGGAGUUUUUGGGAGUUGGUAUGUUGGGAAAGAAAUGGUCUCUGUCGAAAGACCAAAAUAUGUUACAAUAAGGUUGAUGAAGGGCUGUUUGAUGUUAUUAUUCUCGGAUUGUUGGUUCGACUAGAAACUUAAACUUUAUAUCUAAUCAGGCCCGACGACUUGCUAGAUUGGUUUGCAAUUUGACCCAUCAAA